CUCUGCCAUCGCUCUGCCUUGCUGGCACAUGCUGCACAUACCUCCUUUGGGGCAAAUUCCUCGCGCAGGCUUCUCGGAGACAAUUUAUUUCCACCUUGUGUCGUGCUGAAGCGCCGGGCUCAGGGCGAGCCCCCUCCCCAGUCACCCAUCAGUAACCAUGAGGCGCCCGAUCUCCAGCCGCAUUUCCAACCUGGAGGCCCUGGCGCAUUCCCGGCUUUUCCAGUGACGGGGGCGGAGGAGCGGGAGGAGCGGGAAGAGCGCGAUGGCCGAGAAGUGCGACUGCCUGGCCAGCAUGUACGGCUACGACCUGGGCUGCCGCUUCGUCAACUUCCGCCCGCUGGGCUUCGGGGCCAACGGGCUGGUGCUGUCGGCGCUGGACAGCCGCAGCUGCCGCAAGGUGGCCGUCAAGAAGCUGACGCUGGGUGACGCGCGCAGCGUGAAGCACGCCUUCCGCGAGAUCAAGAUCAUCCGCCGCCUCGAGCACGACAACAUCGUCAAGGUCUACGAGGUGCUGGGCCCCAAGGGCGCCCGCCUGCGCGGCGACUUCUUCAAGUUCAACGUGGUGUACAUCGUGCAGGAGUACAUGGAGACGGACCUGGCACGGCUGCUGGAGCAGGGCAAGCUGGCCGAGGAGCACGCCAAGCUCUUCAUGUACCAGCUGCUGCGCGGGCUCAAGUACAUCCACUCGGCCAACGUGCUGCACCGCGACCUCAAGCCGGCCAACAUCUUCAUCAGCACCGAGGACCUGGUGCUGAAAAUCGGCGACUUCGGCCUGGCCAGGAUCGUGGAUCAGCACUACUCACACAAGGGCUACCUCUCCGAAGGCUUGGUGACCAAGUGGUACCGCUCCCCGCGCCUCCUCCUGUCACCCAACAACUACACCAAAGCCAUCGACAUGUGGGCAGCCGGCUGCAUCCUGGCCGAGAUGCUGACCGGGAGGAUGCUCUUUGCUGGGGGCCACGAGCUGGAGCAGAUGCAGCUGAUCCUAGAGACCAUCCCCGUGAUCCACCAGGAGGACAAGGAGGAGCUGCUGAAGGUGAUGCCCAUGUUCAUCAACAGCACGUGGGAGGUGCGGAAGCCGCUGCGCAAGCUGCUGCCCGAGGUGGACAGUGAAGCCAUUGAUUUUCUGGAGAAAAUUCUGACGUUUAACCCCAUGGACCGGCUGACGGCCGAGAUGGGCCUGCAGCACCCCUACAUGAGCCCCUACUCCUGCCCCGAGGACGAGCCGGUGUCGCAGCACCCGUUCCGCAUCGAGGACGAGAUCGAUGACAUCCUGCUGAUGGAGGCCAACCAGAGCCAGAUGUCCAACUGGGACAGGUACCACAUCAGCCUCUCCUCCGACCUGGACUGGAGGCACGACAAGCACCACGACAUGGACGAGGUGCAGCGGGACCCCCGGGCGGGCUCGGAGCCCGCGGCGGAGGAGGCACAGGUGGACCCGCGGAAAUACUCGCAGAGCAGCUCGGAGCGCUUCCUGGAGCUCUCCCACUCCUCCAUGGACCGAGUGUUCGAUGCCGACUGCGGGAAGUCAUGUGAUUACAAAGUGGGAUCGCCCUCCUACUUGGACAAGUUGCUGUGGAGGGACAGCAAGCCCCACCACUACUCAGAGCCCAAGCUCAUCCUGGAUUUAUCCCACUGGAAAAGGGCAACCAUAGCGCCCGCAGCUGAGCUGUCGCUGGAAGAGGAGCCCUCCAACCUGUUCCUGGAGAUUGCCCAGUGGGUGAAGAGCACGCAGGUGGGGCUGGAGUGCCCCGGCUCUCUGCCGGAGAUGCAGGAGCAGAGCCUGCCCUCCUCUCCUCACCGCCUCCGAAAGGAACCCGCCGCGGUCAGCGGGGAGACCGACCCCGAGUUCGACCUGGACGUCUUCAUCUCCAGGGCGCUGAAACUUUGCACAAAGCCCGAGGACCUCCCGGACAACAAGCUCAACGAGAUCAACGGGGCCUGCAUCUCAGAGCACCCCGGGGACAUGGUGCAGGCAGAGGUGUUCCAGAAGGAGCGGUGGUGAGGGCCCCAGCCCCGCUGCGCCUCCCUCCCCUGGGCGCCCCCUUCCCACGCUGUACCAAACGCCUUUUCCAGGAAAGGCAAGCACAAACCACACGCCCCCCUUGAUGCCUUAGAAGUGCUUCUAAGGGGAUCGAGAGGUGCGAAUGAAAUACUGAGUUCCUUACACUGCCUUAACAAUCUUGCCUUGCGAUCUCUGGGACCUGUUUGAAACUUAAAUGUAUGAGGGGGAAAACGACAGUACAUGGUAGGUUUGCAAACAGUAGUCAAAUAGACUCCUUUUCCUCUCUUUUUCUAUAGCAACUUGAAGUGACAAGGACAAAAAUUAACAUUUUCAGUGUGGUCAGAUACCCUCCUGGUUGGACAGGUUCCCAAAACGCCGAACUCUGAGCCCCUCUGAGACGCCUGUGUGAGUACAGGUAUGGAAUAAAGUGAUGCCAGCCAUCAGUCAGCACAGAACAGAACUAGAGUUUGGCCAUCAGACAAAAAAAUAAAACUCUCUGAGAAUGUUAAUGGGGAAGAAAUUUGACCUACAAAGGAUGAGCCGUUGGGGAUUUGUUGGGUUUUUUUUUUUCUGAGGAGAAGACAAAAUUUUUGCUAAGUGCAUUUUGCUGGUUUGUGGUUUCUCACACCAAAAUCUCCCCUUUGGCUGCAUGGGGUGCAGCAGGGGAUGCACGGGGAUCUGAGCUUUCCGAGCACUCGGGAGGGCCCACGGGAUGCACCCUGGUGCUGCUGCUGCGAGUGCUGCCUCGGAGAGCUGCCACGAGACCAGCAGAAUUCCAGCAGGGAGGGCUGGGAGCAGCGUGUCCCACGGAGCGACGCUGCCCAGCACCACCAGCCGCACGGACCCAGCAAGGGCUCCCAGCCACUCUGCUGCUGCAAAAGGAAUCACAGGACCACUGGCUUUCCUCCUGACAAAGAUCUCGUGAGGAAAACAACAGCUCCUGUGGCACGAGAUCCGUGACUGGCCACUUGGCUCCCAGCUUCUGUGGGAGAGGCUGGUGCCAGCAGGCAACUGUGUGUACAUAGAUGAAGACACAACUGAUCUACUGUACCUUCUGUUUUCAUCCACACUUCUGAGCACCUUAAUAGUUAAUCAGCUAACAAGAGUUUGUAUAUGGAAGAAAUGUUCUAUACUUAUAUUUAACCCAACUCGGCAGCUUUUUAAAUGGAGAUGUGUAAAUAGUGCCACACAAGACAGCCUCUGCUUUCCUCAGCAUCCUGCUGCUGUGCUGCCCGGCACAGCGGUGCUGCUCACAUUUGUACAACAGAAACUGCUGUAUUUAGUGCUGCAAGGCCCAUAUUUAACUACUCCCAUAUUCGUUAUUUCUACCCUUUUAACAAGCAAUCCGCUAAAUGCUCUGAGUUGUGAAGAAGCUGGUGUGAGGCUCAGAUAACUAACAGCAGUGUUUACUGUAUUAGCCCUGGGUUCUGUCCUUGCUGCGGCCAGGUGCGGGUUUAGCUGCAGCAGGCCUGACAAGCCCAAAAACGUGUUCCUACUGUGAAGAUCUCACACUGGGUGAUGGAAACGCCACUGCUCCAGCCAGUCAGCAGCACUGGUGUGAAGGCAGCCAGCUGCCAGGAUGGGAUGGGCUGCCAGCCCGGGUGCAGGGGUGGGGAAGGCAUUUGAAAGGUGAAGCUGAUGGAGAAGGGCUCAGAAAGGCAAAGCCAUUCGUCUCUGGUCUUUGCUUUGAGCGUUUGGAUGUCCCCCAGAGUGGUUUAGAAAGGGGAAACAGGUCAGAGACAGAGGUUUGGUUUCUGGUGUGUUGCAGAUGAUUGAUAUACCUCAACUAAAGCUCAGCACUUUCACUGCUGGCGGGGGACACUCCAGUGCCAGGAGCAGCCGCCCCCGCGCUGGAGCAGAUCCAACCAGCCCGGUGGCCCAUGGCUGGCUGACCAUGCUCCUGCUCCCCACGGUCCCACUGCCCACGGUCCCACUGCCCACGGCCCCACUGCCCAUGGUCCCGUUCCCCAUGUCCCACUGCCCAUGGUCCCACUGCCUGUACCCCACUGCCCAUGGUCCCGUUCCCCAUUUCCCACUGGCCAGGGUCCCACUGCUCGUAUCCCACUGGCCACAGCUGGCUGCCCAUGGUCCUGCUGCCCAAGCCAGGCUGCCCACGGUCCCGCUGCCCACAGUCCUGCUCCCCAUGUCCUGCUGCCCAUGGUCCCACUGCCUGUACCCCACUGCCCAUGGUCCCACUGCCUGUACCCCACUGCCCACGGUCCCACUGCCCACGGCCCCACUGCCCAUGGUCCUGCUCCCCAUGUCCCACUGCCCAUGGUCCCACUGCCCGUACCCCACUGCCCACGGUCCCACUGCCCACGGCCCCACUGCCCAUGGUCCCGUUCCCCAUG